AUUGUUGGGCAAUAGAAUUAGAUUCCACUUGCAACAAAUUCAGAAACAUCAUUGUUUACACUUUUACACUUCUCUCCAAAAAAAAAAAAAAGGAAAUAUUUUCACCAAACUUUCUUUAUAAACCACCUCUCUUCCAAAUACCAUGUCUCCAAACAUUUUCCCACUCUCCGCACAAACAAACCAAACAAGAAAAAAAUGGACAAUGUAACAAGAAGAGAGCCUCUUUAUUAUACUGCUUUACAAAAGAAGAGCAGCCUGAGAAAUCUUUCUUCCAUUUCCUCUUCAUCUUCUUCAAUGUCAUCUCCAAGAUUUUCUGGUGGUAGAAAGUACAACGAUAGUACUAGGUUUGAAGAACAACAACCUCAUUUCUUGGAAGCCUGUUUUCGUUGCAACAAACCACUUGGUUUUAACAGAGACAUUUUCAUGUACAGAGGGGAUACCCCAUUCUGUAGUGAAGAAUGCAGGCAAGAACAAAUAGAUAUGGAUGAAGCCAAGGAGAAACAAUUCAAUCUUUCAGCAUCCAAGGCCUUGAGAGAGAAGGACCAAACAAAGUCCAGUAGUACCUCUCCCAAAAAUUACCAUUAUCCUAGAGGCACAGUUGCUGCUGCUUGAGUGAAUAAAGUCAAAAAUAAUAUACUUGCUACUACUAAAACCUCAUUAAAGAGAAUGAGGUGAAGUAGUCUUUCCUUUUUUUAAAAAAAUAAAUAAAUCUAAAUCUUAAUUAAUAGUAUAUGUUAAAUACUUUAGUAAAAUGAUAUGUAAAUGAUAAUAUGGAAGGGAAGGGUGUUGUUGCUGGUUUUGCUCUAUCCUUUCAGUAUGGCUCUUUUUUUUGGUGAGCUGCUCAAGUUUGUUUGUUUGUAUUUUUUUUUUUGUUUUUCUGUUCACUAAUGAAGUGAGAAGUAACAAUGGACUCUUACUAUUCACAACAUCA